AUGAGCGAUCCGUGCGAGUGCUUCUUCGAUCAUGAGUCAGCUAUGCAAAGACUUCUAGCUAUGCUGAGAAACUCUCAAGCCGACUGCACGGAUACCGGAUGUGACAACGAUGGAUUGAGUGGUGGAGGAGGAAAUACAAUGUUCAUGUGGACUCUUUUGUGGACUUUUAUGGCGAUGGCACUUUAUGUAAUGAGACCAAAUUCAAUGAGAUCGGGAACACGGCCAGAGGAUGCUGUUGAAAAACCAACUGGAAGUGCUGGAAACAAUGACAACAACCCACCGCCACCACCUCCAUCCGUCAUGUAA